GUAUUAGUCUGUGUUGUAAUGGUGCUUUAAGUUUGGAUCUAUUUUGAUUAAAAUAAAAUUCAUACAUAACUGAGCCUCGGUAAUCGAAAUUUUUACUAGAGUGAAAUUCUAUCUUCUACGUCUAUCACCAAAACAAGAUGGCACUAUAUAUCGAUGAAAAAGAGCGCAUGUUCCUGACGUGUUCGUGGAAGCAGUUGAGGCUCAUACGAAAAAGAAGUCAUGGAAGGCUCAAAGCUAACGCUUCUUGUACUGAUGUGAGAGCCUGGUCUUGCGAUCCAUUAGACCAACGAAAUUAUAUCCGUGAUGCCGUUAAUGAUUGCGUGACCACCUUCGGGAAUUACGUUCCCAUUCUUGAACUACUCAACGUUAUGGGAGUCACGGAAAACGCCGUGCUGUUAGAUGAUACGGUGAAAAAACUGACAAUAAUAAACGACAUAUUGCAAGACAGAGAUCCUUGCGAGGCACAGGCCAGCAUGACAGAUUCCGAACAGCACAUCGGGCAGAUCUGUUACGGAACCACGAACUUGACAACUGAUGAAAUAGAAGUAAUUCACAACUUAAGGGAGCUAGUCAGAGAUCUGGCGAAGCAGUACUCUUACUUUACAGAAGUGCGUGAAGAAAGAGAUGAGCUUAGAGACCGCUUGGCGAGCAGCUCCUCGGAAUGGUCCUGCCAGGUGGAGGAACAUAAAUAUGAAACAAAUUGUCUACAGUUAAAAAUUCAAGCACUUGAAGGAGUUGUGAAAAGAUUUAAAGAAUUUAAAGAAAAAUAUGAAGCUCUUCAAAAAGAGCACAUGAAAUGUAAAAGUGAAAAAUUCAAAGCAAUGUCUUUUGGUUCUCCCAAUCUAUCGGACUGGGAAAUAAAUGAGUUGAUUUCAAAAGUAGUCGAGUUAGAGGAGCUCAAGAAAGAAAGAAAUGAAAAUAAAUCAAAACUAAUCAAAUUAAAAAAAAUUGAAACCGAGAAAAAUCUUCUGUUAAAUGAGGUAAUCGAGCUUAGAUGUACAAUAGCUGAUCAAGAAGAUGAAAUAACUAGAUUGACUAAUCACGCAGAACAUCUAGUUGUCAGUGCAGACUGUAAACAGGAGCAACUAAAGGCUGCUCUUGAUGCAAUGCAGAAAGAUCUCCAAAGAACUGUAAAUGAUUUAAUAGAAACUAAAGAAGAAUGUGCCAAAACUAUUGAAAUAGUUGAUCAACUGUCAUCUUUAAGAGACCAACUACUGGCCAACAUUGCAAAUUUAACAAAAAACAAAGAAUACUUAGAAGAAGAAAUAUCGCUCAAAGAAUGUGAAAUUGAAAGGCUUCAGAGACUUGGGCUUAUUCAAACACUAGAAGAAACCACAAUUGAAGAUCCACAGGUGCAAUGCGACUAUUUUGAUGAUUUAAUUAAAUCUGCUAGGGAUACUAUUACAAAGCUGUUAACUGAUUUUGAAGCUGAGAAAGAUUCAAAAGAAAAGAUUUGUAAUGCUUAUUAUAAACUUCAAGAAGAUCAUGCAUCAGCUCUAAAAACACUAGAAGAUUUAGUAUCAGAACUCAAUAGUAUUAAAUCUGAAAAAGAUCAGCUUACUGAAGAACUAAAGAGUAACAACAAUCAGUUGCAAGAUCUGGAUAACUUAAAAAUGCAGCUUGCAGCUAUGGAAAAUGAAUUAGAAAGUGCAAACAAAGUUGAAGCAAGAUUAUUACAACUUCAGAAGGAAUAUGAAAAUUGUAUGAAACUAUUCAAGGAAAAACAAAAUGCAAUAGAUUCUUUGAAAGAAAAACUGCAUGCAUUAGAAACUGAAAAUAAAGGUCUAAAAAAAUCAGCUAAAGAUACUGAAAAACUACAAAUGGAACUGAAUAAGGCUGAAAAAAAGGUAAGAGAAUCAAUAGGUCAAAUUGAAGAACUUGGAAAUGUUGCUGAACAUAAAGAAGAAUUACUUAGUAAAUUAUCAGACUUACAACCACAAUUGGAUGAAUUAAGAAAGAAAUUAAAAAAUAAGGAAUCAGAACUGGAACACCUCGCAUCAGAGAAUAAAAAUCUCAAAGAAAAACUUGAACAUUCAGAAAAAGAAAAGGAAAUGUUACAAAAAGAAUCAAAAGAACAAAAAGACAAAAAUGACCACCUAGAUGAGAAACUUAGAGAAUCAAAAAUAGAAAAUGAAAUUCUGAAACAGCAAUUGCAAGAUACAAGUACUCAAACUGAUAGAUUAUCUCUGUUGUUAGUUGAAGCACAAGAAAAACACAAUGAUCUAGAAAUUGAAAUGAAUGAAAAAAGGCAAACUGUUGCGAGUAUGAGAAAUGAAUCUAUGGAUAAUAGAACCGAACUAACAAAUUUAAUUGGGUCAAUAACUGAAUUAGAAGAGGAAAAUAAAAGGCUCAAAAAUGAAAAUGAUAAACUGAAAAAGGAAAAUGAGAAAUUAAAAGAUGAAAUUGCAGAUGUGACAUUAAAAUACGUGCAAGAAAAAGAAAAGUUUGAGCAAUGGCAAAAUCGUGCAACUGACUGUGAAAAAAAUAUUUCUGAACUUGAAAAAAAAUUAUCAGAAUCAAAAAAAGAGCUGGAAAAAUUAUCAAAUGAGAAUAAGGACCUUAAAGAUUUAAAUACCAAAUUUCAGGAGAAAAAUAAUGAACUAGAAAAAAAUGUUCAAAAACUUGCAUCUUCGUCAGAGGAAUGCAAACAUUUAAGUGAUCUUGCUCUUAAUGAAAAUCAAAAGAUAAAAGCUUUAAUUGAACAAAUGGAAAAUGAAAAGAAAAAACUGCAAGAAGAUAUAGCUAAAGGAAAAGAAAAAUAUGGUGAAUUGGAAAGUGAAUUGAAAGGUGCACAGAGUCAGCUAGCAGAGACAGUGAAGGAAUUUAAAAAAAAAACAGAAGAACUAUCUGCUUCAGAAAGUGGUAAUGCAGAAAUGAAGAAUAAGUUACAAUCAUUUACUGGUACACCAGACACGAAAAGCCGUAUAGAAGAUUUCGAGGCACAACUGAAGUCGUGCAAUGCACAGAUUAAAAAUGAUAAAAAUGAAAAUGAAAAAUUAAAAGACACAAAUGAAAAGUUAAAUUCAACAAUUGAUGGUUUGAACAAAAAGAUAGUUGGGUUAGAAGAUGAACUUAAAUCACUACUUAAUAAUUUAAAAGAAUGUGAUGAUCUAAAAAAAAGAUUAAUUCAAGAUGAAGAAUUAGUAAAGACUCUACAAGACCAAAUUAAAAGUAGAGAUGACAAAUUAUCUGAAAAAGAUAAGUUAAUUGAAAACUUAAAAGAACAAUUAGCAAAAGAAAUAACUGAAGCUAAUGAGGCAAAAAAACAACUGGAAAUGUGUAAAUCUGGAAUUACAAAAUUAGAGGAUCAAAUUUCAGAAUUACAAGAUAAAUUUAAAGAAUCUCAUAAAGAAUUAGCUAACACACAAAACAUUAUGGCUGAAAAAAAUGCAGAACUGCAAGGUCUAAAAAAAAUAAAUGGAGUCCUUGAGGAAGAAAAUAAGAGACUUACAGCAGAAUUAAAAGAUAUGCAGAAAACAAACACGUCACUUUCAAAUGAACUUGAAAAAAUUAAAGAAGCUCUUGAUAACUGCAAAAAUGAAGCAAUUAAAUCCGCAAAUAGAAUUGGUGAACUUCAAAAACAAAUUAGUGAACUAAAUAACAAAAUAAAAGAAAUGAAUGGCCUUAAUGACCAAUUAACUAAAGAUAAUCAAUUGCUUAAAAAAACAUGCGAUGAUCUUCGUCUAGAAGUAGCUAAAUUAAAACAAGAAAUAGAUAUGCUCAAAUAUGAUAUGGAAACCCUUAACAAUGAAAUAGCAGAAAAGGACCAAACAAUUGAAAAUAAUGAAAAAAUGUUAAAGGAAUUCAGAGACAAAAUAAAUGAAAUAUCUCAAGAAUUGUCAUCUCUUAAACUUGCUUUAGAAGAUAAAGAAAGAGAAAAUUCAAUGUUAAAGGAAGAACUUGAAGAAUCAAAAAAAGUUUUGCACUCAUUAGAAAAUACCAACAUUGAACUUCAAGCUAGCUUACGUGAUUUGCAAGAAAAUUACGCAAAUGUCAGUAAUAAUUUAAAAGAUAAACAAUUAGCUCUUGAAAAGAUGAAUGAUGAACUUGAUAAGAAUAACAAAGAAUUAAAAAAUGCUAAACAAUUGAUAUAUGAUUUAAACAAUUCAAUUGGGGAAUUAGAAAAUUUAAAUAAAUCUUUGAAAGAAGGUUUAGAUAAUACUCUUGAAAAACUGGAUCAUGCAAAUGAUGAAAAUCAAAAGUUUAAACAGGAAAAUAAACUUCUUUCAAAUGAAAAUAAAGAAAUAAAAGAUAAAAUAAGUCAAUCAGAUAUGAAUAAUCUUGACCGGCAAGAAAAAUGUGUUGAGCUACAAUCUAAAUACAUUUCAUUACAAAAUGAGCUAGAAGCACUUAAAAAGCUUUUUGAAGCUUGUAAAGGUGAAAAUAAAGAUCUAAAAAGUGCUAGGAUUGACUUGGAAAAUAAAAUCAAAGAUUUAGAAAAGAAAGUAAAGGCUCUGGAGGAUGAAUUACUAUCUAUGCAAAUAAAAAAUAGUGACUGCGAAAAAACUAUUAAAGAUCUAAAAGAUGAAAUAAAAACAUUAAAAGAUUUAAAAAUGGAAUUGGAAAAUGAAAUAAAAAAAAUUAACAACCAAAUAAAAAAAUUGAAUGAUGAGUUGGCAAAUAAAAAAGCAAUGUUUGACCAACUAGCUCAGCAACAUGAACAACUGCAAUCAAAAAUAGGGAACCUGCAGGAGGAAAUGAGAAUACCUACCAAAGAAAAUUUAGAAUUAAAACAAGAAAUAACUGAUCAAAAGAAAGCAAUCGAAUCUCUUCAAUCUGCUACGGAAAACUUGAAAAAAGAAAACAAGGGACUAUAUGAUCGAAUAAAUGAAUUAAACCAACAACUUCAAGAACUUCAAACAGAUUCGAACAAAUCAGACGUCCUUAUAAGCAAUUUAGAACAUGAAAAAACGCUCUUAGAAGAUAAAGUUGAUAAAUUAAACGAUGACAUAACAAGUCUGAAUAGUCAAUUAGCUGAAAUGGAAAAUAAGCUUGAUUCCCAAAAUAUAGAGAUAGAGGAAUUGAAUAAUAUCAUUGAUUCAUUAGAAAAAGAUAAAAGCAAGCUUUUAGCAGACGUUAAAGUUUUAGAAGAAGAAAAUGCGGGAUUAAAAGAAGAAAUAGCAAAAAAUGAAGAAGCGAUUAAAACAUUGCAAGAACAACUAGAAAAUGCUUUACUUGAUCUCAUUCGAUUAGAAGAAAUUGUUAAAGAAAGAGAAAAUGAAUUAAACAAACUGAAAAGUGAACUAGAAAUGAUGAAAAGUGAUAAUGAUGAACUUUACAAUGAUAAUAUUAAAAUGUCAAAUGAAAUUACAAGAUUAAAUGAUGUAUUAAUGGAACUAAACCACCAAAAUGAUUCAAUGAAUCUUGAAAUUAAGAAAUUGUUAGCAGAAAUUGAAAAUCUUAAAACUGAAAAUAUGUUACUACUCAAAAAUAACAAAGACCUAGAAAAAGUUAAAACAGAACUCAUGAGUCAAAUAGAGAAUUUGAAUGCAAAGAUAAAAGCACUUUAUGAUGAAAAUACGAAUCUUGGUUUUUCAUUAAAUACCUUAAAAAAAGCAAAAGAAAUAGCAGACAAUAAUUUACAAAAAAAUUUAACAGAUAACAAACAAUUAAAUGAAAAUUUAGCAAAAGCUAAACAAGAAAUAAGUGGACUACUGUUAAUUCAAGGAAGAAUGGAUUCAGAACUUGCUAUUUGUCAAAAUAAUGUUGAUGAUUUAAGAAAUUGUAAAAAUCAACUUGAAGAAGAAAUGAAAGAAAUAAAAAAAGAAAAAGCUGAUCUAAUAGAUGACUUAGUGUUAAAAAAAGCAGAAAUAGCAGCAAAUUUGGAAAUUAUUAAAAAACUACGAGGUCAACUGGAUUUGUGUAAUACAGCUAAGUAUAGUGCGGAAAAAGAAUUAAAAACAGCUUAUAAUGAACUAUAUGAUGCAAAACGAGAAAUUGAAAACUUGAAAAAUGUGAUUUGCCAGCUUAGAGAGGAUAUGAUGUGUUUAGAAACUAAACUUAAAUUGACAGAGGAAGAAAUUGUUAAUAAAGUCAAUGAAAUAAGUUCAUUAAAAGAACAACUAAACAUGCUUCAGGACAAAGUAACAGAUUUAGAAGACAAACUAGAAGUAAUGGAAGCUAGUAGUGAAGAACUGCUAUCUGAAGUCGAAAGGCUUAAAACUGAACUAGAGGCAGCGCUAGACAUGUUGCCACAAGAUAGUCCAUUAAAUGAUCUACUGAAGAAAAUUAUGUACAAUGGAUUUCAGGCAUGUAGCAUGGACGAAUUGGCUGAACUUCAUCAACAUAUUUGUUCUGGAACAGCAAUGUUAAUAAAGAAAGGAAAAGCUGUUUUACCAGAGAGAUCACCUAUUUGUAAAUUAGAUUCCAAAUACAUGGAACUUCCACCAGAUAAGAAGGAUAUCCUCAAAAAGACAUGCCUCCUUCAAAACGAAGUAUCCAGAAGACAAACCGAAGCACAAAAAAGAACUUGUGCAUUGACUGAAAGUGUACAGCAAUAUCAAAAGGAAUUAUUUGCUAUACAAGAAUUUAACUUUGAACUAGAGAUGAAGCUGGCAGAAAAGUUACCACCACCAGAAAAAGAGAAACUUAAACAACAAGCUAACUAUACCCAGAGUCAACUCAAUCAUUUUAUAUGUCUUGCGGAACAAAGAAAAGGUGAAGCUUUAAAAGAACAAUGUGAUUUGCAAAAAGCAAUGGAAACAGUUAAAUAUGUGCAAAAGGCUGUUUUGAAUGAUCCAGUUAAGAAGAAAGUAGAGACAAAAGAAGACGAAGUUUAUCAGCAGACUGUAACUGAGUGUUUGAGAAGAAAAUUGAAAAAUGCUAUUCAAAAUGAAAGAAAGCUUCUUAAUAUGUUACAAAAUGAAAAAGCGAAAAGUGCUUGCUUUGAAUAUCAUUUGAAAAUAGCUGCUAAAAAGGGAAAAAAAACCGAAACAAAUUAUUUGAAACCAAAUAAUGUAGGAAAAACAAAGUAUGUAGAGGCAAAAGAUGAGUUUAGUGAAGAAACUGAUUCUGAAUCUCUGUAUUGUGAUGAUUUAAAUGAUCAAAUGCCUCCUGUACCAGAAAAAGAGCAAAAGCUACCCGGACGAAAUGUUGUACUGUCGACCAAUACAGAAAUGAAGGAUAAACUGCUGACUGAUAAAGAAGUCCAAGAUGAAGUGGAAUUCCAAAAGGCAGUUCGUGAUUCAUUGCUAGAAGCAAAAAAAAUAACAGCAGAACAAGGAUACAAUAUAGCUCCUGAUGUCUCGAAGGAUCCUCUUCUAGAAGAUGAUAGUAAUGAUGACGAGGAUAAUAAUGAUGAUGAAGUUGAUGAUCCUCCAAGUAUAGAACCCGAAUUGGAUUCGUAUUAAUGGACAAUAUUUGUAAUAACCAUUAAUAUAAAUAAAAUAACUAUAAGACUUCA